AUGGAAUUACUUGGUAUCCCCACUACCAUUUUACUGGCAACACUCUGUACAACAGACGCGUCCAAAGUCUCUCAAGUCUCCAAAGCUGAAAAGUCCAACAGUCAAAAGUUCAACAGGUCAUGGUCUCCAAAGUCUACAAUUCAAAAGCUCAAAAGCUCAAAAGCUCAGAGAUUGCAAGACUUCUUCAAUAUACCAUGGUAUACCAUGACAAUGGUAUGA